GUGAAUUGGGAGAACUAAAGCAAUAUGGUUUGCAAACACUAGCCAUGACUUCUAAUGGCAUAGCGUUAAAGCGAAAACUACCUGAAUUGGUCAAAAAUGGGUUGAAUUUGUUGAACAUUAGUUUAGAUACGUUAGAUCCAUUCAAGUUUGAAUUGAUUACUCGUAGAAAAGGAUUUGAACGUGUAAUGGAAUCAAUUGAUCAGGGUAUUGCUCUUGGUCUUCGUCCCCUUAAACUUAAUUGUGUGGUUGUGCGAGGAGUAAAUGAUCAGGAAGUUUUAGACUUUAUUGAAAUGACUCGUACGAAGGCUAUAGAUGUAAGGUUUAUUGAAUAUAUGCCAUUUGAUGGUAACAAAUGGAAUAAGCAAAAGCUUAUUCCAUAUAGCGAACUUUUAGAUAAUAUUCGGAACAAGUACGAUGUUGUGAAACUGUUUGAUGAUGCGCAUGAUACUUCAAAGGCUUAUCAAGUGUUGGGACAUGUUGGUCAAUUUGGGUUUAUUACAUCAAUGACGGACCAUUUCUGUGGGACUUGUAACAGAUUAAGGAUUACUGCGGAUGGCAACUUAAAGGUAUGCUUAUUUGGAAAUGCUGAAGUAAGCUUGCGUGACUUAUUACGAGAGAACGUACCGGAUCAGCAACUAUUAGAAAUUAUCGGAGCGACUGUAAAAAAUAAAAAGAAACAGCACGCAGAUUCGGUCAACUACACGGACAGCAUCGAGCAGUUACAUUCUGCGAAAAUCGACAAAACUUUCAUUCCCUUCAAUUACGGUUUUCCUUCAUAUCUCUUUCAAUCCCGUGUUUACUCAUCAAAAAACAACAAAUCAGAAUGUUCACAAAUAUCACAAAAUACAUCAAUUUCUUACACUCCCACACUCUCCCAUAUCGAUCCUUCAAGUGGACGUGCUUCGAUGGUAAACAUAUCUGCUAAAGCCCCAACCACCCGUACCGCGACAGCGAGUGGAAAAAUACGUAUUGGUCGCGAAGCAUUUGAUCUGAUACAGAAAAACCUUAUGAAAAAAGGCGACGUAUUUACAGUUUCACAGAUUGCUGGUAUUAAUGCCGCCAAACAAACAGGACAUUUAAUUCCUUUAUGUCAUAAUUUAUUACUUUCUCAUGUUUCAGUUGAUUUAAAAUUAGAACAAGAUAAUUCAGUUGAGAUUAUAGCAAAAGUAGAAUGCGAUGGUAAGACUGGUGCAGAAAUGGAGGCACUAACUGCCGUUAGUAUCGCAGCAUUAACAGUGUUUGAUAUGUGUAAAUCUGUAAGUAAAGGUAUGGUAAUUGAGGAUAUAAAACUUUUAGAAAAAACUGGAGGAAAAAGCGGAAGCUGGAGAUUCAAGGAAACAAAAUAA